AUGGCAUCAUCAUUACCGAAGAAAAAUUUCAGCUCAUCAAAAGAUCAUACUGAUGAUCUUGAGUGGACUAAAGAUAUCAAUACUAAUUCGUUUUUAACUGAAGAACGACGUCUUCGUAGUUCUAAACAAUGUUCAGUGAAAAAUCCUACUACUAAUCAAAUGUCUCAAAAACGUUUAAAUAAAUUUAAUAUUCGUGUUAAUCAAAUGACACCUGAACAACUUGAUGAGGAACUAAAAAAACGACAAUUAUCAACAAGCGGUGAAAUUGAAAUUCGACGUUUUCGUUUGAAACAUUAUUAUAAAUGUGAAUUAAUAUCUGGAGGUGAAAAUCCAUUAAAAAUGAUAGAACAACAUUUUGAAUAUAUUGCUGUUGUUGAUUUUGAAGCAACAUGUGAAGAAAAAGGAGACAAUAGUUAUCAACAUGAAAUAAUUGAAUUUCCAAUUGUAUUAAUUAAUGUACAACAACAAAUUAUUGUCGAUAAAUUUCACUCAUAUUGUCGACCGAUAAUCAAACCAAUUUUAUCGAAAUUUUGUACAGAAUUAACGGGUAUUGAACAACAUCAAGUAGAUAAUGCUCCUCCGUUUGUUGAAGUUCUUCAUAAUGUUGACACAUGGUUAAAUGAACGAAAUCUUUUAUCAUCAUUAAAUAAACGUAAAUUAGCAUUUGCUACUGAUGGCCCAUGGGAUUUUGCGAAAUUUCUUCAAAUGCAAUGCCAUUUGAGUUCAAUAGAUUAUCCACGAUGGGCUAAAGAGUGGAUUAAUAUUCGAAAAGAAUUUGCUAAAUUUUAUCCCGUACGACGAUGUGGUAUUGAACAAAUGUUGAAAAAUCUUGGUCUUAGUUUUGAUGGUCGUCGUCAUUCAGGUAUUGAUGAUGCAAUCAAUAUAGCACGAAUAACUUUGGAAUUAAUGAAGGAUGGUUGUGUUUUAUUAUUCAAUGAUGAUAUACAUGCAUCUGAUCCAAAAUUUGCAGCAUUGAAUGAGAAAAAAACAGAAUUUAAUAAGAAUACUGAUGAUGAAAAUGAUCUAAUUGUUUUUGAAGAUUAA